AUGGAGGCCGAUUGUCGUGAGUGUAUAACACUCCUUCCAAAGGACCUUAUUCACACGACACUCUUCUUCCUCAAAGUUCGUCCCCAUCCAUACAUGAAAUAUUCAUUCCAUAUCGGCACCGUGAAGGUGGUGCCAACAGGCCGGACACUUGGCGAGUCGUGGGGACUUUCCCAGCAGAGACCACGCUUCGAUUCCAUAUUCAUUUGUUCUCCGAAUUCUUCCACCCUGUUCCUACGUUUGUCGCCGCUGCGAAACAAAUUCGGUUCAUUAAUGACCAUUUUCUCAAGUCAUGAACUUCCCGCAUAUCGACUUCCGCCGAUGAGUUGGCCCGGUAAUUUCUGCUACGGCCCUGCGGAGUGCACCGGAGCCGUACUUUCUUACCACAGGCCAAUAUACAAGAGUAUCUUGCAAGUGGCAUGGAGUCUGUAA